GGUGUCGCGACAUUGUAAAUAGGAUACAGUAGUCAUUGCGUCAGGAAAGAGGGGAAGAAUGUAAGAAUUUUUCCUAAUCUAAUCCUCAAAUUAUGAAAUUAAAAACUUGACAAUAUGUUUCUUAAACUGCAACAAAAAAGUCAAUAAGCAUUCCAAGUGGGAAGAAUAACGCGUUAAGUGGAUAAUCUUCAAGAUGCCUGAAAAGAAGGGAGGCGAGAAAGAGAAGAAAGCAAAGAAAAAGUGUGCAAAUGAACGGGAAACGGUGUCUUAUGAACAACAAAUUCUAGACAACAAUAGACAAUUAUCACGGCUACGUAGCCGAAACGAGGAACUUGAGAAUGAGGUGAAGGCUCUAAACCAAAAGUUCGAGCAAUUGCAAGAAGACCGAUCCGACAUUGUAGCACAUUUAAAACGCAACCUGGAGGAAAAGAUAGAGGAGGCUCGAGAGCUGAACGAGCGCUUAUUAGCUCUGGAAGAAUUAAGAAAGCAAGAGCAGGCCGAGUGCAAAAAGAAGGAGAGUGAAAUGGAGUUUGAAUACCGUACCAUGGAGAGUAAUUUAAGUGCCGAAGUGAAACUUACAGCUGGAAAGUUGAACGCGUUGGAGGACUGGAGAUUAGCUCGCUUAGAUUUAAUGCACAAAUUCGAGGUACAAGAGGAAGAAAUGGCGAAACAAGAGGAAUCGCACAAGACAAGGCUCUAUGAAACAGAGAAAUCAGUUAUCAUCGCAAAAGCUAAAAUGCAAAAAGAAAUGGAAGAACGAUUAAAGCAGCUUGCUCAGGAGUUUAAGAGAGCGACGAAUAUCCGCAUAGCGGACAUGAUGCACAACACAGUCAGGAGAAACGUUGCGCUGAAUCACGAGUUGAACUCGCUGUUGAAAGUCUGUCAGGAUUUAGAGACGAAAACGACGGAAUCCAAAGAAAAUGAUCGUGUGCUGAGAUUACAGUGCAAGCUGUACGAAACCGAAGCGGAAAUCGCGUUGGAUGAUGCGAUGAGAACGAAGGACAUGAUGCAUGACCUUGCGCAAGAGCACAUAGAUAUGUAUCUCGAGUACGGGCGAAUGCAACGAGAAAACGCAAGACUCGGCAAUUACGAACGACUAAUAAAGGAAUACAGGGCGCAGUGCGCAGCGUCGCAGGAGAGAGCAAAGAUUCUCAGGCAACAGUUGGAGGAGACCAGGAAAGCCAAGGAAGAUAUCUUGGUAGAAGUGCGAAUUAAAUGUAAGGAAUUUAAUAAAUUGAACAAGGUUCUGCAUGAAGCCAGACAAUGCGUCUUGGAAGCGUUACAGUUGCAAGAACAUGUCUGCACAGAUGAUAUUUGUACUUGUUGCUCUGCCGAUCAAAAGCAACAGAUUAUUUAUUCGCUCCAAAAUAUACUGGAAGAACAUGACAUUUCCGACAUGACUGAACGUGAUGAUUCACAGGUAAAGCAUAAUCAAUUAUCGAUAUUCAACACCAUGGAGAGCAAAAGAAAUGCAGGAAACUUUAUCGAAAGAUCCGACGAGAUGAGCUCGGCUUUGAAUGACGAUCUAGAGUUCUGGAUGACUCGACUUCCGGCGCCACUCAGGAAUAUACCUGUAAUACAUUUGGCGAUACCCGGUUCUCACGAUACGAUGACUUACACAAUCGAGAGGCAUAACGAUGUGGGACCGGACGAGUCAGCCUUCGUCCGAACGCUCGGCCGUUACUGCUCGUUCAUCGCCAAGCCUAUUAUUCUAAAUUGGUCUAUUACACAGCCAGCCGAUGUCAGGCAACAGCUCAACGGCGGAAUCCGAUAUCUGGAUUUGCGCGUUGCCACGAAGCAAAGGACCAGAGACAUAUAUUUCCUGCACGGUCUGUACGGUGCGGAAGUCAGCAGGCCGCUGCUGGACGUGGCCAACUGGCUCGCUUCGCACGCGAACGAGGUCGUCAUCUUAGAUUUUCAACAUUUCUACGCCUUUACGGGCGAGGAUCACCGUCGACUCGUGGAGAGGAUACGGCAAAUUUUCCAUGGUAGGAUGUGUCCAGUCUCCAGCUUCGAUCACGUGACGUUGCAGUGGCUGGCCGCGAGGCGGUACCAGGUCUUCGUGAUUUACAGGAACGUUUACGCGCGCAACUACGAGCACCUGUGGCCAUCCGGCUUGUGGCGCACCAUAUGGCCCAAUACCGUUCGCGCGGACGAACUGAUCGAUUUCUUGAACGUUGAACUGCAGGGUAGGCCGUUGGACAUCGCGUUCGUCUCGCAGUGCCUCUUGACGCCAGAUACGCCCUACGUUAUGAAACACUUGUGCGGUACCCUGCAAAGGAAUCUGGUGCCCCUUUGCCAGAAGGCGAUCCUCUCUUGGAUAAGCCAGAAGCAACCUGGUCGCGGCGGACUGAAUAUCGUUAUAGCAGAUUUCGUGUCCGACAACAACUUUUUGUUUUCCAGAACGGUCGUUCAGAGCAAUAAGAAACUGCUGCGCAGUCCGGAAAGAUCUUAGGCGCGGCUCUUUACUUCGUAAUACGACGAACGGGUGAUGCAUUCUUCUGCAUUUACGCAUUGCUCGAGAUACUUGUAUGUCUGGUAUACUUGUUUUGAUGAUUCAUUAGUGUGCAGGAAACAAACUGUUCGAUGUAAAAUAAGAAUAAAAUAGAAUCAACGCGCAAAGUUCAAACUAUCAAUAUAUUUAAAUGUGAUAUAUAUAUAUUUCUAAUAUUUAUAUUGACUUAAUAACGAUCGUACACGUUUAUGAAUUAAACACUGUCUAACACGCAUGGUUUUUAAAAAAUAAACAUUUAAUCGUUA